UUAACAUUACUUCCUCUUUAAGAUUCGUGGGCUUAGCAUACUACUACGGUCUACUGCUUCUCACCAUGGCGUCUGCAGGAGACGUGUUCGACCAUGGACGCCACGGCACCAGCCUUGCCCAUGUCCAGGAGGCCAAGACCACGAGGUGCUCUCCAGCCACAGCCAGUGUAGCCGGCCCGCCAAAGCCGCUUCUGGUAGCCGCACCGUGCGACGCAGGGGAGUACCCGGUGGUCGUCUUCUUGCACGGCUACCUCGCCAACAACUACUUCUACUCCCAGCUGCUCCAGCAUGUGGCCUCCCAUGGCUUCAUCGUCGUCGGCCCUCAGCUCUACACGUUCUCCGGGCCCGACACCACCGGAGAGAUAAACUCGGCGGCCGCCGUCAUAGACUGGCUCGCCGACGACGGCCUGUCCUCCUCGCUCCCACCCAACGUUCUCCCCAAACUGACCGCUGUGUCCAUCUCCGGGCACAGCCGCGGCGGCAAGGUGGCCUUCGCGCUCGCGCUGGGCCACGCCAAGACCUCCCUGCCACUCGCGGCCCUGAUCGCCGUCGACCCCGUGGACGGCACCGGCCUCGGCAACCAGACGCCCCCGCCCAUCCUCACCUACAAAGAAACCCCGCUGCGCGUCCCGGCGCCCAUCAUGGUCAUCGGCACGGGCCUCGGCGAGGUGCCCCGCAACUUCCUGUGCCCGCCGUGCGCGCCGCUGGGCGUGAGCCAUGCCGCGUUCUACCAGGAGUGCGCGGCGCCGGCGUGCCACCUCGUGGCCAGGGACUACGGGCACACCGACAUGAUGGACGACGUGACCACUGGCGCCAAGGGCCUGGCGACGCGCGCCGUCUGCAAGAGCGGCGAGGCCAGGGCGCCCAUGAGGCGGUUCGUCGGCGGGGCCAUGGUGGCGUUCCUCAAGAAAUGGGUGGAGGGCCGGCCAGAGUGGUUGGAUGGCAUCAGGGAGCGCCCGGAGGUGGCGCCCGUGGUGCUGUCCGUCGUUGAGUUCCGCGAUGAAUAGCUAGCACCCAUGGUGUCAUUGUUGCCUGCUUAAGUAAGUUUAAUGGAUAGUCAGAGACAAAUGGAGUAGGAUAAACUGGUAAGUGCAGUAGGAUUUUUAAUCUUACUAUCCUAUAUACACAUGAGGUGACGAGGGACUGUAAUAUCUUUAUUCAGCCUAUAUCCAGUGCCUUUUCAAA